AUGAAUUAUAUCAUCUUUCUACUACUUUUUCUCGAUCCAUUUGUCGAUUACGUCAUCGCGAUCUCAUGGCUAGCUUUAAGUCUAUCCAGUUCAAAGAUAGAUCGAUUGCAUCCACAAUGGUCAUGUCGACAUCUGCAUGGACUUACUCGCAAACAGUUAAGGUUUUGUCGACGCAAUAUCGAACAGAUGGAUAGCAUAAGAGCCGGUGCCCAAUUGGCAUAUUCCGAAUGUCAGUAUCAAUUCCAGCAGAGAAGAUGGAAUUGCUCAUUAAUCAAUCCAAAUACGAAGGAAGUUUAUGGUGAUAUGAUUUUAAAUCGUGGUACUCGAGAAGCUGCUUUUGUUCAUGCUAUUUCUUCCGCCGGAAUUGCUUAUCGAAUCACAAGAGACUGUUCCAAGGGACUCAUCGAUAAAUGUGGCUGCGAUUUGAGUGCUUUGAAAAGAACGGAUCAGUUUAACUGGAAUGGAUGCUCAGAUAAUGUCCGAUACGGUGUUGCUGUAUCGAGAGCUUUCGUUGAUGCUGCUGAGAGAGGCAAAAAUCAAAGUCUCGAACGAAAAAUCAUGAAUUUGCAUAACAACAACGCUGGAAGACAGGUAUUGGAGUUGAACACCCGGAAGCAGUGCAAAUGCCAUGGAUUGAGCGGUUCCUGCGAAAUGAAAACAUGUUGGAAAUCAAUGCCAACAUUUAGGGAAGUUGGAAAGAUAAUCAAAGAUAAGUUUGAUGGUGCAACAGAGGUAGCAAUCGUCGAAGAAGACAGUAAACCGAUAAUAGUUCGCAAAAAUGUGAAUUUCAGAAGACAUACUAAAGCUGAUCUCGUUUAUCUGGAGUCAUCUCCGGAUUAUUGCGAGCCGGAUCCGGAAUAUGGUAUUUUGGGAACGCAUGGCCGCCUCUGUAAUGUUUCGUCGCACGGAAUCGAUGGAUGUGACCUGAUGUGUUGCUAUCGUGGAUUCGAUACGCGGGUGCGUAAAGUCAUGGAUCGGUGCAAUUGUAAAUUUCAUUAUUGCUGUCGUGUGAUUUGUCAACCGUGUGAAAAAGUCAUUGAGGAGCAUAUUUGCAAAUGA